UUUUUUUGUGUUUUAGUCUGAAUGUGGCGUUAUUCGUAAUCAAACGUUUCGUUUCAGAAACAGCGCGAGGUUAGGGUACGAAACCGGUUUCAUAAUAAAUUAAUUUUGCUUUUUCUUCAGUUCGUCACUUUAUGGUGGAAUUUGCCCUGUUAUUGAAGAUAGAAUUUUAAACACUUUUUGAUUACAAUAAUUGUUGGUGAAAUAAGAUUUAAAAUGGAUUUCAAGAGCAUAAUAUUCGCAAUUUGCAUUGGUGUUGUGUGGGCCCAGACUGAACCAUCGUUGACUGAUGCUUUAAACAACCUGCCUCCUGAACUGCAAGGAAAAGUUGAUGAGAAGCAGGUCACGGAAAUAAGGAAUAAAACUGUAGCAGCUUUCAAGAAGAAAUGCGAAGAAAAUGCAGGGCCUGAUGCUUAUCAAAAAGCUGAGAAAGCCUUCUUGGAGUUCUCCAAUUGUCUAAAGGCGCUGGUAGAUCCUGAGAAACUGAGAAAAGAGGUGGAGGACGCAAAGCCUACUGGGCAAGUUGAUGAGGUAUUUAAGAGAUACUGUCAGAAAACGCCACAGUUCAAGACCUGCUUCAAGAACAUAACAGAUACGAUCAAGCCAUGCUUUUCGGUGGAAGAGCAGAAAAAUCUAAAAACUGUCUACAAUGUCUCUGAACAGCUUGCCGAGUUUGUGUGUUUCAAGGAAGGCGACAGGAUUGCUUUGUUCAUAUCUGAGAACGGGCCGGAGUGCAUCCAAGAGAAACAAGCGGAGAUCGAGAGCUGCCUCAACAGCACCUUCGGGGCGGAGGUGCGCUUCAAAACAGAUAACAUGAGCCUUGACAACAUUCCUAAAAUCAACUUCGGUGAAAAGGAGUGUAAUCAGUUAGGGGAGCUUCAGAUCUGCGUGGUAUCAGCGCUGGAGACGUGCUCGGCGCCCACCUCCGCCAAUAUUGUGGAGUCACUCUUCAAGUUCGCGCGCAAAGCCACGCCCUGCAAGGACAUACCUGAUAUCGAAGAAAUAAAAAAUAAAAAAGAAGAGCCCAACUCCGCCAGCGGCCUGGCUGUGACAUCGCUAACAAUGAGUGCAGUAGUGCUCGCGUUACUUGUAUAAGCCUCGAGCCGCCUGCUACGCUAUGAGGUCUUGGUAUUUUAGUUUCUUUUCUAUUCGCCGCCACAGGUCAUUUGAAGGUUCUUGCCACCCUUAAGGUGCCGGAUCACUAAAGCGGAGUGGAGUGAAGAUAUUGUUUUCAAACACAAACCUGUAUGUAGUACUACGCACUAGACGGGUCAUUCCAUGCAAAAGUUUAUGCAGGCUGCUUGUUUUUGCUUAUAAUUUAAUGUCCAGUGUCAUACUCAUUUUCACAGAUUGUUAGAACAUGAUUUUCGUUUAAACAACCUUUCUAUUAAUUAUACUUGUUUAAGUACAAAGAUCGCAGAUUUUGAAAUAUAUAAAAAUAAUUAAUUUAAGGGGAUCUUUAGCAACCUCAUUAAAUACAUAGGUACUAAAAUAGUCCCUAUAUACUAUAUUAGUUUAUUUUUUUCAACAGGCCAAUCAUAUUGUUAAAAGAUUUCGUGAUCAAAGUAUCACGUGAUAUAUCAAUAAUCCGAUUGGUCUAAGAUAUGUUUAGCAGAUCAAUUCAAUUAUUGUUAUAAUAUGACAUUCACCUUAUCUAUCAUUAUUUAAAAUUGGCCGGCUAUAAGUAUCUCCGCUCCGUUUUGCUUAAGUAGACAGGCGCCCUUAACCUUAACUGUACCUUUAGUACGAGUUUACAUAGUUCGACAACGUUGAUAGAUUUCAAAUAUCGUCAACGUCAGGCUUUUACAAAGCCGGGCGGUCUAAACCGGGCAUCUUUUAAUUAAUCGCAUAUUAUUCGAAAGGUGGCUUUUUUGCAAUGUAAAGCCAGGCGGCUUUAUUGCUUUAGUUUCUUUUUCGAGCAAAAUCCUUCAAAUUGAUCCAAAAUGUUGCCACUCUAUGAACAAAGUAGAUAGGGUUAUUAUAGGCUAUAUUAUUCUAUUUUUGUAGCUAUAUUACUUUCAGAACCAAAUAAAUAUAGUGUUUGUUGCGUACGACAUAUUAUAUGAUAUUAAUUAUAUUAGAAAUGUAUAUAGAGCUUAAAAAUUACAUAUCCGUUAUCGUCACAUGAUCGGACUUCUAAACUGCGC